AUGAGGAGCGGCGUCCUGUCCAAAGUGAAGCGCGCCGCCCGUUGGCUGCUGUUUAUCUACAUCUGCAUCCCCUUCAUCAUCAAGCUGUGUCCGUCCAUCCAAGCCAAACUGGUCUUCCUCAACUUCGCUAAAGUACCCCUCUUCCUUGACCUCACGCGACCGUCGGACUUUGGCCUCAACCACACGCUCAACUUCUACCUGCGGCCGCUCGACAUCGGAGUCUGGCACACGGUUCCUGCUGAGAUGUGGAGAGAAGCUGAAGGCAAAAACCGAGAAUGGUUUGAGUCCACACUAAGCUCCGCCCAUCCGGCCAUUCUGUAUCUCCAUGGAAACACUGGGACCAGAGGCGGCGACCACAGAGUUCAACUCUACAAGGUCCUCAGCUCAUUAGGCUACCACGUGGUCACGUUCGACUACAGAGGCUGGGCCGAUUCUCCGGGCUCGCCGUCGGAGGGCGGUAUGACGUCGGAUGCGCUCUUCAUGUACGAGUGGGUGAAGAAGAGGCGGGGUCGAGGUCCGCUCUACGUCUGGGGUCACUCGUUGGGCACGGGCGUCGCCACCAACUUGGUCAGACAACUGUGCGACCGAGGAAGUCCCCCCGACGCCUUGAUCCUGGAGAGUCCUUUCACCAACAUCAGAGAGGAGGCCCGCAGCCACCCCUUCGCCACGCCGUACAGAUACAUGCCGGGUUUCGAUUGGUUCUUCCUGGACGCCAUCACCGCUAACGACAUCCGCUUCGCCAACGACGACAACGUGAAUCACAUCUCCUGCCCGAUGUUGAUCCUCCACGCCGAGGAUGACCACGUGGUUCCUUUCACUCUGGGCAAGCAGCUUUACGAGGCGGCGACGCGCUCCGAGAGCCUGAGGGGUCACAAGGUGGAGUUUGCGGUCUUCCCGUCGGCGCUAGCCUACAAACACAAGUUCAUCUACAGGAGCCCCCGGCUUCCCAAAAUUCUCAGCGAGUUCCUGGGCUCUUCUCACCCCGUCAAAGAGUGA